AUGUUAUCGCUGAGCUGGGCGCAUUCGGUGACACACGGAACGACGGGGGCACUACGGCGUCGCGGCUCCGGAUCAGCUGUCAAGCAGUCUGUGGAGGACUCCAGUGAUAAAUUGCAAUCGAUACCCGAUCAACUAGCCUUGGCUGCCAGUCGAUCGGACGGACGUAGCUAUACGAGACGUGGCCUAACCACCAGAAAUAAGGAUGCCAAUGGCGGGAAAGAUUUUGGCUACAGCCAGGUGGAAUUGAAUUUAAUACGACCCGAGAAAGAGUCACACUCACAUUCUCACACCAAACUCAGUACGCAUUAUGGUGCCAAUAGUCUGAGCACAACAACAGCAGCAACAGCACCGGCAGCAGCGUCAAUACGGUUGGGAGCAUCACUCACUAUGAACGAUGAACAGAGCUUAUUGGAUGACUCGGAGACGGCUGCCGAGUAUGUGGCCAAUGCCAUGAAAUUGGCAUAUGGAACACAGCAUAAGGAACAGCAUUUAAGUCCACAUAAUGUCGCCACAUCACCAUCAUCAUCAUCUACGCAGCGACCCUUUAGCACGAGCACCGAACAUCAUCAUAAUUCCUAUCCCAUACAUAAAAUACCAGCCGAGCAUGAGAGAGAUCAUUCGAGAGGAUCCCUGUUAGAGUUGCAAAUACAGGAGGAACUGCAAAAACAAUUGGCUCAACAACAGGCAUUGCUUCUAGCCGAACAGCAGCAACAUCAGGAGCAUCAAAAGCAGCAUCAACAGCAGCAGCAACAACAGCAACAGCAGCAACAGCAGCAACAACAA